GUGGCGGGAGGUCGCGCAUGUAAACGCGGACAUUUGAAAGAUCAAGAUGGCGACCGUCAAUUUAGUUUCACCGGAGCUGAAUUUCUCGUCUUUUGGUCGCCAUAUUGUCAUCGGAACAACUCUGGGACUUAGCAUUGCUAUGGGUAUCACAGCUGGAAUGUAUAUCACUAAGAAAAUGUUACAGAGUCGCUCUGACGAAGAUGGUAGAAUUGUUGUGUGUAUGUUAGAGCUUACUCAAGAAAUGCGUGAACUUCGAUCAGUUAUAAUACGCUUAGAAAGCAGUCUAGAAGCUCAGGCUGCAAAGCCAAUUAAUAUUGUGAAAAGCUCUGGUUCACUGAAAGAUUCAAAAUCAGUAAGAACGAGCUCAGACGAUGAAGAUGAAUUUUAUGAAGCCCCCCAAGACGAGGAAAUUUUGACAAUGUUUAGCAAGGCGGAGCAAUUGGAAAGCCAGACUUCUCAAAAAGUAGAAAGUUCUUCACAGGAUGCCAUUAAAAGUAUAAUAAAAGAAGUCGAAGAGUUACAUCAGGACAAAAGCAGAACUGAUAAACAAACAGAAAGAAUUCAGAUUAUGCUAAAAGAUGCCACAGACAAGUAUCCCUGUGAGGCUGAGCUUUGGUGGAGACUGGCUCGAGCCUAUUCUGAUUUAUCCCCCAUCAAGGCAAAGCAAGAAGGAGAGGAGAAAAAGAAAGAUUUGCUUUACAAAGGUUUGGCUGCAGCUCAAAAAGCAGUUGAAUUGAAUGACAAGUUGUCCAAUGCUCAUAAAUGGUGUUCUAUAAUGUUGGGAAGUACGACAGAAUAUGAAUCAACUCAAGAUCAGAUAUUGCAAGGUUUCAAAUACAAGGAGCAUAUAGUGAAAGCCAUAGAAUUGAACCACAAAGAUCCCACAUGCUAUCAUCUUUUAGGAAGGUGGUGUUAUGAGGUGAGUCAGUUGUCAUGGUGGAAGAGGAAAGCAGCUGCAGCCAUUGCAGCUGAACCACCAACUUCCACAGUAGAAGAAGCCCUGGAUAAUUUUCUCAAGGCAGAAGCUUUGCAGCCUGGUUUCUGGCUCUCAAACACCUACUGGAUAGCAAUGUGCUAUUAUCAGCAAUCUGCAUACAGCAAAAGCAAAGAAUGGGUGACAAAGGCCUUGGCUAUGGACAUCAGUACUAGUGAGGACCGUGAGUCACAUCAGAAAGCCACUGAGCUCCUCGCCUCCCUUUAAUGUAAAAAACUUAUGCUUGGACAGGGUGUUACUAGAUAUUUUAGCAGGAUGAUAAUUUAUGAAAGCAUUUGCUUCCAUCAAGGUAUGAUCGAAAUACUUUAUUUUAUGUCAAUCUUACAUAUAAUGUAAAUGACUGAACUAACCAUCCAAUGACUCAAAUAAUUAAAAGUGUACAAUAUUUCAACAACAUGUUUUUAUACUGCUUUUUUGUACUGUACUAUUAAUGUAAUCUGCUUUUUUAAAGUGCCCUAGCAUCAAAUUCCUCUAAGAGUGAAGAAUAGGUAUUUUAAAGUAUUGAUAUGAUGCAUUAUAGUGUUGACCCAUAAAUUAAAAUCGUGCUCGCAAAAUAA